UACUGUGGUGAUACUGAUUUUAACAUUUUCUAUAAUGGCGGCUUCGAAAUCUAAGUGGGAGGAGAUCGCAAAUGAUCGAGCUAAAGAAAAAAAGACUCAUGUCAGCUUUCCACAAUUGAAAUAUCCGUCUCUUAGAGAUUCUGGUAUGAGAGAUCCCGUGCAGUGGCUCACUGGUAAAGCAAUGGAUGACGGAACAGAAGGUCUAUGGCGAAUUCACGACAAACUGUAUGAUGUAACGAGUUUUUUACACAAACAUCCUGGAGGAGAAGAAUGGCUUGAAUUAACAAAGGGUACUGAUAUAACAGAAGCAUUUGAAUCCCAUCAUUUAAAUCCGUCAACAGAAAAGAUUCUUGAGAAAUAUUACGUAAGAGAUGCAAAGACACAACGUAAUUCUCCAUUUACCUUUAAAGAUGAUGGGUUUUACAGAACAUUAAAAAAAGAAAUCUAUAAAGAACUGCCGAAAAUACCAAAGCAUGUUUCGAGGACUGCCGUCUUAAUAACUGAUGGAUUAUUUUUAUCUCUUCUAUGUAGUUCUGCAUUGGCAUGUUGGGUUGUGAAUUCUUGGUUAGCUCAGUUCUGGUAUAUUAUCGCAACUAUAUGUUUGACAUUAUUGACCGUAGCUUGUCAUAACUUUAUUCAUCGCAGAACUAAUUGGAGAAUGUUUUUAUUCAAUCUCAGUAUGUUUUCAUACAGAGAUUUUCGUGUUUCGCACGUGUUAUCGCACCAUUUAUAUACAAACACAAUCAUGGAUCUUGAAAUCAGUUCUAUGGAACCAAUCCUGCAAUACAAUCCCAGAAAAGAUAAGCCAUUAUAUGCUAGACUCGGUUUUAUUACGGAAUUUUUGUUUUUUCCGUUCAUUUUCUUUGCACUUUUUGUUAAAAGUCAUUUAAUUUCCAGGUUUAUCUCGAUAUUUAUCAGAGAAGGUUUUUUUAAGAAACACUAUCGUUGGCAUGAUUGUCUCGGGUUACUCUUGCCGUUGUGGAUGUGGCUUGUUACAGGGAGCCCUGUAACAAUAGUUGUGUACGUUUGGUUUUGGAUUAUAUGCGGAGCAAGUCUACUCUUUCAUUUAAUAGGAGCAAACGCAGCUCAUCAACACCCAGAUGCUAUAAAAGAUGGUGAUCAGCCAAGAAACGAAUCCCCAGACUGGGGUGAGCAUCAAGUGGAAGCACUUCUCGAUAGAAAGGACAUAAACAGCAAUACGUUUGCAGUAGUGACGCUCUUCGGGGAGCACGCUCUCCACCAUAUGUUCCCGACUCUCGACCACACAGUACUCAAAUACUUACAUCCACUCUUCUUACAGAUAUGUAAUAGAUAUAAAGCCAACUACAGGGUGUCCACACAAUUUGAAAUGGUACUCGGUCAGAUAAAGGAGACAAUGAGGACCGACUUUAAAAGCAUUGAUUAA